GUAGCGCCUCCGGUUCUUCUAUUUUCUUUUUCAAUCUCAACGCACUGCUGCUUAAACCCUCCCUAAAACCCUAUUCGGCUAUUCCUUAUGGAGAAAUCAAGGCAAGAGAAGCGAAAAGAAGCUCGCUUGGCCAAGAAUGCCAGAAAAAACCAGUCUUGGCUCCAACGUCAGAAAGCCUCAAAAUCUACAGAGAAACCCCUAAAUUCUUCUCAUCAGAAUAAGAAUGACGAAACAGCUAUUUCUGAGACAAGUAGGGAUAUGGGAGUUGAAAAUACUAAAUCAGAGGUUCAUCCGAGACCAUCAACAAAGGUACCUAAGAGAACCCCAAAAACAAAGUUUGACAAGUUUCUUCAACUAGAUCAUACUAGGGCCGAGGAUGAUUUGGAGCUAGAAAGGAAACUUGCAAAGAAACUCAAAGUCAAGGGUGGAAAAUUGAAGGGUGAGGAUCUUGGUCUUAACAUGUUGUUUGAAGGAAUUUCAUCUUUUGCUGACGAGGCAUUGCCUUCUAAAAAAUCUGAAAAAAACUCCCUAAGAAAGAAACGGAAGAAGGACAAGUUAUUACCUGAUGACCUAGAGAGUGAAGAUCCAAAUGUAGUCGCUACAGAUGGCGCUGUUCCCUCCAAGUCAUCUUCGAGGAAGAGACCGAAGAAGAGAAAGUCCUUGGAGGAAACAAAAGAUGGCAAUAACGAUGGUGGUAUGGGCAUUGAGGUAUCUAAGCCAAUGGAGUCCUUGGAAAAAGUUCCUGCCACCACACCUCAAAAAUAUGUAGCUCCUCACUUAAGAUCACGUGCCAGGAAUGAGCUUGAAGAGUAUAGUCAGGUCCGUCGACAAUUGCGUGGUCUUCUAAAUAGGCUCUCGGAAUCUAAUGUCGAAUCCAUUACAGGGGAUGUGUCUGUCCUCAUGCGUUCCAUUCCGCGUGGUAUCGCCUCUGAUAUAUUUGGUGAGGAGGUAUUAGCCUCAUGUGCUCAUGGUCCUCGUGGAAAUGAACAGCAUGCUGCUGUUUUUGCUUCUUUUGUGGCCGGCAUGGCCAGUUCAGUGGGAAUCGACUUUGGCGCAAAGCUUCUGGCUUUACUUGCUAAAACUUUUGAGGAUGAGUACCACAAAGAGGACAAUAUUUCCUUGAGAAAUCUUACUCUUUUACUCUCUCAAUUAUGCAUAUUUGGAGUUUGUUCAAGUGAUUUGAUAUAUGACUUUCUGAUUGUUUUGAGCAAGCGGUUAACAGAGAUUGAUGUCUCAACCAUCUUGACAGUUCUGCAAUGCUGUGGAAUGAAAAUAAGGGCUGACGAUCCUCUUGCAAUGAAAAAUUUUAUUGCGAGUGUUCAGAAUAGAGUGAACGAGUUAAAGGCCUCAUGUGGAGAUGACCAGGAGAAGAUCAAUGGCAGAAGGAUGGAGUUCAUGCUUGAAACCAUAUGUGACAUCAAGAACAACAAGAAAAGGUUGAAAGAAGAUACUGCACCUCAUACAAGGAUAAAGAAAUGGCUACAAAAGUUACGGGUAGAAGACAUUUUAAUAAGUGGACUCAAUUGGAGCAAACUUCUUGAUCCUAAUAAGAAGGGCCAGUGGUGGCUAUCUGGUGAUAUUGCCUCAACAGCAGACAAUGUCGAAGAGGUUGCUAACACAAUAGACAAAGAGGUUCUUGAAGCCCGGAAACUUUUGCAGCUUGCUGCUGCACAGAGAAUGAAUACAGAUGCUAGAAAGGCAAUCUUUUGUAUAAUUAUGAGUGGGGAGGAUUACAUUGAUGCAUUUGAGAAGCUUCUGAGAUUGGAUUUACAUGGAAAGCAGGACAGAGAGAUAAUGCGAGUUCUAGUGGAGUGCUGCUUGCAAGAGAAAGUGUUUAACAAGUAUUACACAAUUCUGGCUUCCAAAUUGUGCGAGCAUGACAAGAAUCACAAGUUCACAUUACAGUUUUGCCUCUGGGACCAAUUCAAACAGUUGGACUCAAUGCAGCUUAGUAGGUCAAUGCACCUAGCCAAAUUUGUUGCAGAGAUGGUAGCCUCUUUCACUCUGUCCCUCGCCGUUCUGAAGACGGUAGAUCUAGCUGAUAUCAAGCAACUAACAGCAAAAAGGACAAUUCAUUUCCGGAUGUUAUUUGAGGCCAUAUUUGAGUAUCCAGAUAACCUGAUAUGGAAUAUAUUCACGCGCGUGGCCGUCACCCCGGAGCUUGAAAGUCUUAGAGAUGGGAUUGAGUUUUUCAUCAAGUAUAUUGUGGAAAGCAAUAAAUCCCUCGGGGCAAAGUUUAAGCUUGCAAGGAAAGCCCUUAAUAAUGCUGAAGGGGUCCUCAUUUGUCGGAUUACUUGCCAAUAG